UUCAUUAAGCUUUAAACUGGAAAUUCUGACUGGUUAAUACAGUAUAGAUAAUCAACUAAAAUUACAAACUAUAAUAAAGUAGAUAAAAAUAAUAUACUAUAAUAAAUUAGAUAUUAAAAAUCUACUUGCUCAUGAAAAUUGAAAUAAAAAUUGCAUAACUAGAAAAAAACCUUAACAUUGGGGUAUGGUGCAAAUACAUAUAUCAAAUUGCAACACAGAAAUGGUUUCCAUUUAGAAUUGAAUUCUGCGUCAGAUUUACUUUUUAGAUAGGAAGUUAUUCUGGAGACAGGUAUAUUGCCACAAGUUGGUUAACUAUUCUCCCAAGGAAGAAACCAAGCAACCAACCUUAUGUAUAAGGAAUAUAUCCUUGUAGCAAUUACCAUAUUCAAAACUGGUUCAUUUUGUUUUAUUAGAAAGCAAAAAGGAGAGCUUGUUCACCCCUCUUCCCUCUAGUCUUCCAUUAUGUUCUGUCCCCCUCCCUCCCAGGUACAUUGUGGGAUUGAUUUUUUUUUUUGGCAGCUAAGCACAUUUUGAAAACAUAUAAUGGGCUGUCACAAGUGACCAUUUUAUUAUCUAGGGAUGUAGGUCCUAGAAUCAUUCUUUGAAUAAUAUUUUUGCAUUUCUUUCAAAAAAUUUAAAAUCCAUGAGGCUGAAAAUCAGGUAGAUAGCAAAAAAAGAGGAUUUGGCAGACAUCACAUUACUGUCUGUAAUAUAACAAUUUUUUGUUCAGAUGAUGACCUAAAUCACUUGUAGUCAUCGGGAGCACUGUGCAGAUAAUUCUGGAUAUUUAUUUUCCCCUACAAUUUAUUAUUGGACAUCCCAAAUUAACAACACCCAUAAGUGUCAUCUGCUGGAAUAAAGCGGCACAAACUUAAGAACCCUGCUGGAGUGGCAAAGAAAUUGGAGAAGAGGGUAUGCUGAGAUUGCUGCUGUCAAAUUGCCAGUUCUGCUGAGUGUAAAUUUUAGUGUAAAUUAAUUAAUACAAUGCGUAAUCAAGAUGUACUGUUUUUGCCCCCUUUCGCUUUAAAAGUCAGGGGUAGGCAACAAAUACAUCAUUAAAUCCAGAGAAAUGAUUUCUAAAACCAUUCAGAACAAAAUGAGCGAAAAGAUUCUUAAAACUAAGAGUAAGAAAUGUACUCUGCGAAGUGCUUAAUGUUGCACCUUCCGUAGUUUGGGAAUAACAUACAGAUUACAUUGGUUUCGUGUGUGCCCUUCAUAGGGACUUGUAGGAGUGAUAGCAUCCUCACGAGCACUCUGCUGCCUUUAAGAGAGGAGUAAGUCAUGGGGAAAUAAAUUAAUGCUCAGUGGAGGAAUUGUUUACAGUGUUAGUAGUUAAACUAUCACGUCUGGAGGACAUUUCAUUCCCUGAACAGUUUCCAAUACUUUUAGAAUACUUAAAAAUUCUUUUUUUCUCUCCUGUGAAACAAAAUAGCCCAUUUCCGACCGUCAUUUGGAUUAGCUAAUGAGAAAGUGGAUCGAAUUCAUAUAUAAUCCACUCCAAUCCAAAAGGAUUUUGGUCAGGCAACAGCAAGUCACCAAAUUAAAAAUGUGCAAUAAAGACAAUAGAAACAAAAAAUUAUUGGUAUCAAUAAUGGCUACGACAGUCAUCCAUAAUCAGAUGGGUUUAAGCAUGUUGGAACAUUGUUGAGUUUAGCUUCCAAAACCUAAGGAGGAUAGUGGCUGCCUGAAAUACUACACAGGAGACGUUUCAAAAAUUGGGGGGCUACCACAGGAAGGGCUGUCCACAUCUUAUGUACAUCUUUGCAAAAGUGGACGCUUAGAAAACCAUGUCUAGAUGUUUUUAGCAGGAACAUAAUCAGGCUUGGUUGUAGACAUUUUGGUGCCCUAGGCUAAGACAUAUCCUGGUAUUUCCUAUGGCCGUGAUGGUGAACCUAUGGCACGCAUGCCACAGGUGGCACGCAGAACCGUAUCGGAGGGCAUUGGAGCUCAGCUCCGGCGUGCAUAUACACGCUAGCCAGCUGAUUUUUUGGGCCUUCUGGGCCCACUGAAAGUCAGGAAACAGUCUGUUUCUGGCCUCCGGAGGGCCUCUGGGUGUGUGUGUGAAGGCCUGUUUUUCGCUCUCCCCAGGCUUCAGACCCUUUCUAGGAGUCGGGGGAGCAAAAAAACAGGCCUUCCAGUCCCACUGGAAGUUGGCAAACAGGCCAUUUCCAGACUCUGGAGGGCCUCUGAGUUUUUGCCCUCCCCAGACUCCUAAAAGAGCUCUGGAGCCUGGGGAAAGUGAAAAAUGGGCCUACCCCCCCCCUAAUUUUUGAGCUUACAAUUUUCUGUGAAAUUUGUUUAGCCCUUGAACAGAUCCACUGACACUGAGUGUAGUUUACUGUUUUUUGCUUUUUAAUGGGUUUAUUGCAGUUUGUUAGAAGCCUUUUCAAUUUUGAUGUCCCCCAAAAUUUGGCACCUUAGCUGACUGGUUAGGUUGCCUAGACCCAAAUCCAGUGGUGGGAUUCAGCCAGUUUGCACCACUUCGGGAGAACUGGUUGUUAACUUUCUGAGCAGUUUGGCAAACUGUUUGUUGGACGAAAUCAUUAGGGCAGAGAACCGGUUGUUAAAUUCCUUGAAUCCCACCACUGCCCAAAUCUGGUUGUUGCAUGAUGUAAGCAGAUAAUGAAGUUUUAAAAAAUGUUUGUGAUUAACAAGAUUGCAAGUAGAGAAAGAUGAUAUAGACAAUAGAUAAUAAGAUGGAGGGAAGAGGUCAAAGAUCAUAUUGGAAUAUCUUUUAGUGACUGCUAGAAUUAAGUUUGAAAUGGCAAGCAGAAAUGAAACCCAACUUGUAGCAUUUAAUAUAAUAUAUAAUAUAACAACAGAGUUGGAAGGGACCUUGGAGGCCUUCUAGUCCAACCCCCUGCCCAGGCAGGAAACCCUACACCAUCUCAGUCAGAUGGUUAUCCAACAUUUUCUUAAAAAUUUCCAGUGUUGGAGCAUUCACAACUUCUGCAGGCAAGUCGUUCCACUUAUUAAUUGUUCUAACUGUCAGGAAAUUUCUCCUUAGUUCUAAGUUGCUUCUUUCUUUGAUCAGUUUCCACCCAUUUGCUUCUUGUUCUACCCUCAGAUGCUUUGGAGAACAGCCCGACUCCCUCUUCUUUGUGGCAACCCCUGAGAUAUUGGAACACUGCUAUCAUGUCUCCCUUAGUCCUUCUUUUUAUUAAACUAGACAUACCCAGUUCCUGCAACCAUUCUUCAUAUGUUUUAGCCUCCAGUCCCCUAAUCAUCUUUGUUGCUCUUCUCUGCACUCUUUCUAGAGUCUCAACAUCUUUUUUACAUCGUGGUGACCAAAACUGGAUGCAAUAUUCCAAGUGUGGCCUUACCAAGGCAUUAUAAAGUGGCACUAACACUUCACGUGAUCUUGAUUCUAUCCCUCUGUUUAUGCAGCCCAGAACUGUGUUGGCUUUUUUAGCAGCUGCUGCACACUGCUGGCUCAUAUCUAAAUGGUUAUCCACUAGGACUCCAAGAUCCCUCUCACAGGUACUACUAUUGAGCAAGGUACCACAUAUACAGUACCGGUGCAUUUUGGUUUUUUUGCCUAAAUGUAGAACCUUACUUUUUUCACUGUUGAAUUUCAUUUUGUUAGAUAGCGCCCAAUGUUCAAGUCUGUCAAGAUCUUUCUGUAACUUGAGCCUGUCUUCUGGAGUGUUGGCUAUUCCUGCCAGCUUGGUGUCAUCUGCAAAUUUGAUGAGUUCCCCAUCUAUCCCCUCGUCCAAGUCAUUGAUGAAGAUGUUGAAGAGUACUGGGCCUAAAACAGAGCCUUGGGGUUCUCCACUGCAUACUUCCCUCCAUGUGGAUGUAGUUCCGUUGAGGACUACACGUUGAGUGCGGUUGGUCAGCCAGUUAUGAAUCCAUCUGGUGGUGGUGCUGUCUAACCCACAUUUUUCUACUUUAUCUAGUAGUAGGUUAUGGUCUAUUUUAUUAAAUGCUUUACUGAAGUCCAGAAGUAAUUUAAAACAUUACUUCUUUGGUUGUCCCAUUACUUUGGAGCUCUCAUUCUCACCCCCAUCCCCCGAGAUCCCCAACUAAUUAAACAUCUCAAAACUCUCACAAGCAUGUAAGAUAAAUAAUUUAAUCCUAAAUCAUGUAUUAAAUUAAAAUACGCUAGUUAAAUUUAGAUCUGCAAAUAGACUUUUAGACGUUUUUCAGUUUAUUCAAAUUUCAGUGAAGCUAAAUGAGGUACUUGCUAAACAUUACGGACACCUACAGAAAGUUCUCACGUUGCCUAGCUGAGAUUUGGAACCCAAAUAUUUGUUGCUUCUGCUAAUCAAAAUAAAAAUUUAGUUUAGCCAUUUUAUCCAUUCCUACCUGGAAACACAUUGAAUAUAUAAUAUUCGUGGCAAACACUCAUAGGAUCAUUCUUUAAAAAUGAUGCCUCUAAAGUGGAAAUAACAAGUCCCAUGUAGGCAUUUGUUCUAAAAAAUGGAGUUGACACAAGAAGAACCUUACUUUGUUAUUCUCAUUGUCCUUUCUCCCCACUGCACAUAAUAGAUUCACUGAUUGACGAAUUUCAGAAUUUUGAUACUGCAAUCAAUGGACACAAUGCAAGUGGAGAAUACCAAACAUAAGAGUUGCAUGUAAUAUCAUCUGUCACACCACUAAAAGAAUCUACCUAUCAAAUACUUAGCAUCCCUCCCCAAAUACUCAAGAUCCCUGUAUACACAAGCAAUCUGUCUUCUGGGAUGUGUUCUCAAAGCAACUACGAAGUUAAAAGUAAAACCAAAUUCUACUAAGAAUAUCAACUGAUUCUCCCCCUAGAUCAAAUGCAGUGGUGGGUUUCAAAUUUUUUUACUACCAGUUCUGUGGGUGUGGCAUGGUUUGAUGGGCAUAGCUUGGUGGGCGUGGCAGGGGAAGGAUACUGUAAAAUCUCCAUUCCUUCCCCAUUCCAGGGAAAGGUUACUGCAAAAUCCCCAUUCCUUCUGAUCAGCUGGGACUUAGGAGGCAGAGAAAAAUGGGGACGGGGCCAGACAGAGGUGGUAUCUACCGGUUCUCCGAACUACUCAAAAUUUCUGCUACCGGUUCUCCAGAACUGGUCAGAACCUGCUGGAACCCACCUCUGGUCAGAUGAUCCCUAAAAUGCCUUAAUUUUCAUGGCAUUAGCUGAAAUUGGUAAGAUUAGACAUUUAAAAAGACACCAAAGCUUUAAGAAAGAACAAUUGUACAACUGAACAUAUGAAAUGAUGCUUUUUUUAAAAAAAAGUUUCUAGGCAUCAUUUUUCUGGAAGUGGUGGGAGCAUUUUAUUAUCAGAGAGAACCCUCAGUCUGCCCUCUUUGGGGAAUCCAGUUCUUCCUCUUUCAUUUCCCUUGGGUUGCACAAAGAGAAGGGAGGGGCUAUAUUUAGAAAUAUGGGGGGUGGGGGGGAGGUGGAGCUCAAGCCUUUUCAAAAUGAAAAUAUUUCAGGAAAUGAAAAUAGAAGGCAAGGACACAGCUGCUGCUUGACAAAUAGGGAGCAGAGGCCAAAAUAUGUCUGAGCACAGACCUAAAGAGGGCCGUGAAAAUAUUUGCAGAUCCCUCGCAUCCUGGACAUAAACUGUUUCAACUCCUACCCUCAAAACGACGCUAUAGAGCACUGCACACCAGAACAACUAGACACAAGAACAGUUUUUUCCCGAAGGCCAUCAAUCUGCUAAACAAAUAAUUCCCUCAACACUGUCAGACUAUUUACUGAAUCUGCACUACUAUUAAUCGUUUCAUAGUUCCCAUCGCCAAUCUCUUUCCACUUAUGACUGUAUGACUAUAACUUGUUGCUGGCAAUCCUUAUGAUUUAUAUUGAUAUAUUGAUCAUCAAUUGUGUUGUAAAUGUUGUACCUUGAUGAACGUAUCUUUUCUUUUAUGUACACUGAGAGCAUAUGCACCAAGACAAAUUCCUUGUGUGUCCAAUCACACUUGGCCAAUAAAAAAAUUCUAUUCUUUUCUAUUCUAUUUCUAUUUUCCCCAUCCCUUUCUCUGUCUGCUCUACUUUCCCUUCCUCCACUGCCACUACAUCAUCUUAAUGGGCUUCCCUAAUACAGACCUUUUCUAAUAAUGAGCAUGUUUCAGUCUUUUUUCUGGCACCGACACUGAUGAUGUUACCUAGUUUGGGUAAUGAAAUGUCUGCAUGAAAACAACCAAGUUCAGAGAGCACCAAGGAUCCCUCAAUCUUUUUUCCUCCUUUAAUGGCAUCAUCUUUGUUCUUUGUUCACCAGGACAAGAGGUCAACGAAGUGACCCUUUCCAGAUUAAGACUCCGAGUUCUUCCACUUGAAGUGCUACAAAAUAACAGUAUAGAGAGCCUGAAUUUGGACCGAAACAAGCUGAAACAUGUCACUGGGAUUUCAAGCCUUUACAACCUGAAAAAAUUGAUUUUAUCGAAAAAUGCAAUGACAGAAUUUCCAGUGGAAAUCCGGAACCUGAUCCAUCUGGAGAAGCUCGAGCUCAAUCAAAAUCAAAUCCGAGAUAUCCCCGAGGGGAUCUUCUCUUCUCUCCCUAAGUUAAAACAUCUUCGACUUAACAACAACCAUUUAGACAGUCUUCCUAAGGAUUUAAGUUCCUGCCGGGACUGUCUCCAGUAUCUGAACUUGUCCACAAACGUAUUUCAAGCCAUCCCUCGAGUAGUCUUGGAGUUGAAAAACUUGCAAGAAUUCUACAUGCAAAAUAACCUUUUACGUCAGCUGCCUAAAGAGAUGUUCACAGAGCUGUCCCUGAAGAUGUUCAAAGUAAAUGGGAACUCACUGAGGGAACCCCCAAACGAGGUAUGUGCAGGGGGUAUCAAACAGAUCAUCAGUUACUUCAAUCAGCUACAGAAUGGCCAAGCUGAAGAGGACAAGCGUGUCAAGACAAUGUUUUUGGGGACAUCCUUAGCAGGAAAGUCUACAGUGUGCAAAAGCUUAAAGCAGGGACAAGUUGUUCGACUAUCCAUGGAAGAACGCACUGUUGGGAUUGAGAUAAGCGAGUUCCAUAUCCAAGGCUUCACCUUUCUCUUUUGGGAUUUUGCUGGCCAGCUGGAAUACUAUGUGACCCACCAUAUGUUCAUUACUUCACAGGCCCUUGUCAUCUUGGUCAUUAACCUUCACCAGUAUCAGCUUACCAACGACUCCUUCAAGGAUCUUGUUGGAUUUUGGAUUAGCAACCUCUUUAUGCGAGUGCCAAAUUCUGUAGUCCUUCCUGUGGGAACUCACGUGGACGCUUGUUCAGAAGAGGAGGUUGAAGAAAAGAAAAAGGAUAUCAUGUCCAAGAUACAGGCCAUGCUGGAGGAGAGACAGACCAACCUAACUCACCUUAUUACUAACCUGGAAGACAAUGAGGAAUCGGAGUUCUAUGAAGACCAGUGGACUCGAGUGAAAGAAAUGGAAAAUUGCACCCUUACAAUUCUAGAUCUUGUUCCUGUCAAUGGCAUGGAUUACCUGGACAUUAAAAAACUCGAAGAAAUCAUUUUGGAGCAUGUCAAGAAUGAAGAGCUCUUCCCCAAUGUCAUCCAAGUGCUGCCCCCUAUCUAUAAACGAGUGGAAGCAGCAAUUGUGGAUAUGAUGCAGAAUAACGAAGAGAUGACCGAACAUGGGAUGGUGAGUUUCAAUCUUUUACACAGCAAGCUCUCCCGCCAGUAUCAUUUGGAUAGAGAACUUCUGCAGGAUAUUUUGAGAUAUCUACAUCGCAUUGGAUUAAUUGUAUGGUAUGAAAAGAUCAAGCAGCUGAAGAACACAGUGUUCUUACGUCCAACUAUUCUGAUCACUCUCUUCAAAACUCUUGUGAGGUAUGGCCUAAUGCAACAGCUGGAGAGCAUUUCUGUGGACAUCUUGAUAGGAGAACAUGCCACCAUCCGAGACCGGGCCAAUUGGGCAUUGACAUUUAAAUCCAAAGCCAUCUUAUGCCAGAAAGCCAUGAGAGCUUUGCUUAAGCAGCAGCUUUCUUUAGACAACAUGGUAGACAUCUUUGAGGAAAUGGUGGGAAGCAGAUUCCAGAAGGGGAAACUCUUCAGCCUACUUGAGUACUUUGAGAUCUGCCUGGAGAUCAGAAAUGUAGAAGGACUUAAUCCUAGAGCCAGAACAUUUGUACCUGGGGAGCCCUGGGAAACUCUGCCAAACCUGGAGAAGGACACACACUACUUAUUUCCUAACUAUCUCAAUCAAAGUCAGGAGGUUUCAGCAAGGUGGGGAGAAGAUCACAAAGAGGACUUGCAUAUUCGCUUGUACUUUUCUCCUGAGAUCCCAGAGGGCUUCUUCCAAAGACUCAUGGUGAAAGCUUGUUCCUUCUUUUCAACUCACUGGGUUGCUAAAGCCAUCUGCCUGCUCAUAUGCAGUGGCAAACCUUUACUGAUCAAAGCAAAUAACCAAAAAGCGUACAGCUACAUUGAGCUCAGGUGCAGAAAGCCAGGAGAGAGGGUUGGAUUCCAGUUAACUUGGGACUUUAUUAUAACAAUCAUCUCCAUCAACCAAAAACUCCUGGAGGAAUGGCCUGGGCUCCAUCUUUGCAUAAAAGCUCCUUGCCGGACAGUUGGAUGUCCUGCUGAAUUUGUCUGGCCAGAUCUGGAUGAUAACAUGACUAUGUUCAAAGAAGAUAUUAAAACUUGUGGAAUUUGUGCCCAUCGAUUUGAAACAGAGCUCCUGUUUCCCAAAGUUCCAAACAAACCAAGCAGAACUGAGGUUCCUGCACAAUAUUAUAUCACCAGCUACGGGAAUGCUACCUUUGGAACCAGCACUGUCCAUGUGGAAAGACAGAACAUCUUGGAUAAAUGAAAACAGCCACAAAGGAUAAAUCACCAGCCAACAUCAUUUCUGUCGAUGUUAUUUCAUGACCAUUUCAAAUAAAAAACAAAAGACAUACUUCUUAAAUUUAC